AGAGUGUUUUCCGUUUUGUCUUUCUUUCUUAGGGUUUAAGGCUGCUCCAAAGUUUGCAACAGUCCCAAGUCACCACACCAAACCAAACCAGGAAGUCUAAUACUCAUCUUCUCCAAACCCCAAAAUGGUGAGGACGUAUGCAGUGAAAGGGAAGAAGCGAAAAAAUAGGGAGGAGAGGCGUGACAGAGAGCAAGAUGCAAAGAGAGCCAUUACAGAGAAAACAAGUGAUGGUGAGGAAGAAGGAAAGGAGGUGGUGAAUGAACUUGAGGGUAUUCCAGUUGCCCCAACUGAGCAGAAUAAUACCAACAAAGGCAGGCUCAUCUUCAUUCUUGAAAAGGCAUCUUUGGAAGUCGCAAAAGUUGGAAAGAGUUACCAGCUUUUGAACUCAGAUGACCAUGCAUAUUUCUUGAAGAAAAAUAACAGAAAUCCUUCUGAUUACCGGCCUGACAUUGUUCAUCAGGCUCUCCUAAUGAUUUUGGAUAGCCAACUUAAUAAGAGUGGGAUGGUACAAGCUGUGUAUGUGAAAACAGAGAAAGGUGUUCUUUUUGAAGUUAAACCACAUGCUCGUCUUCCAAGGACAUUCAAGCAUUUCUGUGGUCUUAUGUUGCAGCUUCUACAAAAAUUGAGUAUCACUGCUGCUGGUAAGCGUGAGAAACUUUUGCGUGUGAUCAAGAACCCUGUAAGCCGGUAUCUUCCUGUCAAUUCUCGCAAAAUAGGCUUGUCAUUUAGUUCUGAAAAAUUGGUUAAUAUAAACAAUUAUGUGAGCUCUGCGGGCACCGGUGAUGUUGAUCUUGUUUUUGUGGUUGGUGCAAUGGCCCAUGGUAAAAUUGAUAGGGAGGAUGCUGAUGAUUUUAUAUCAAUUUCCGGUUACCCUCUGAGUGCUGCAUACUGUAUUGGAAAGAUUACCAAUGCUUUCGAGACAAAGUAUAACAUCUUGUGAACCCCACUCACUCUUUGCUAUUUAUCAACUAUAUGAUAGCGUUUCUACCAAGGCAAAUACAUUUGAUCAAUCAAAGAAAUAUGGCACAUGUUCUCAGCAAGUGGUACUAGUCUCUCAGUAGCAAGGGAUAAAAAAUUUCUUUUCUUUUUAAAUGUAAUUUUGUUAUGCAAAGCAUUUUGGGUAUAUUAGCUGUCAAGUUGAGAUAAUUGAGGGACAGAAAUAUGA